AUGUUUUCAUUUAUCGUUAUUCUUGUUCUUCUUAAUAUUACAUCAAGUUAUUCAUCAAUAUUUAAUAAACAAUCCGUAAUAUCUAAUGAAUAUCUUGGUAAUAGCGGAAGACACCUAUUCCAUUUCGUACAAAUAUCAGAUACUCAUAUAACUCAUCUUGAUCAUGCUGAUCGUAUGGAACAAUUUGAACAAUUUUGUAAUGAAAUUAUAAAAACAUUGGUUAAACCACAAGUUACUAUUGUAACAGGCGAUCUUGUGGACAGUGUGAGUGGUUUAAAACAUAGUCAUGAUCGUUUAUUUGGAACAGCACAAUAUGAACGAGAAUGGAAUCUUUAUAGAGAUAUUCUAAAUCGAACGAAUAUUACAGCACAUACAAAAUGGCUUGAUAUAAAAGGAAAUCAUGAUACAUUUAUGGAUCCCGAUCCAGAUUCGUCAAAAAGUUUCUAUCGUGUUUAUUCACAUCAAGGACACAACCAUAGUGGCUCAUAUGAAUAUACAUUAAGCACAAAAGAUGGUGAUACUUAUUCGUUUGUUGCUGUUGAUAUGUGCCCCAGACCAGGUGUUGGCCGUCCAUUUAAUUUUUUUGGUCAUAUUACUAAAAAAGAAACGCAAAUUUUAUUGGAAAUAGCCAAGAAAAUUAAGAAUUCCACUUCCAUAGUAUUCUUCGGUCAUUAUCCAUUAUCAUUUACUUAUUCAAAAGGACUUGAUCAUAUAAUGAAGGAUGGUAUUGCCUAUUUAAACGGCCAUCUUCAUUCUGGUAUUAAACAUUUAUAUGCUCGUCAUUCCAAUGGAUUACUCGACAUUGAAUUAGGCGACUGGAAAAGGCAACGACGAUUUCGUAUAAUAACAAUUGAUUCCGGUUUAUUAUCUUUCGAAGAUUUUCGAUUCAGUCAACCCAUUUAUGCUCUGAUAUCAAAUCCAAAAGCAGCAAAAUUUCAAACACCUAGAGAACCAUUCUAUCGUUUAAAUCAAAGUACACAUAUCAGAAUCGUUAUUUUUUCUAAAUUAUCUAUUAUUAAUGUCAAUGUUUCCAUUGAUGAACAAUAUGUUGGUUCAGCAGUUCAAUCAAUUGAUAAUCAACAUCUAUUUGUUCUUCCAUGGAAUGCAAGUUCAUAUGAUGAUGGAAGGCUACAUCAAAUUUUUGUUGGAAUUAAAGAUAAUGGAAAUAAUACUGUUAUUUUAACACACGAAUUUUCUAUAUCAUUUACAACAAUAACCAGAUGGAAUCCUUCACAAAUUAUUCUUACAAUUCAUCAACCAACUUUUGGUUUGGUUAUAUUAGUUUCAUCAUUAUCUAUAUAUAUUCUCACAUUAUUAUAUUAUCGAUAUCAUAAGAAACGAAAUUCAUUCAAGUUUACUGUUCAUUUUGGAUUAUGCAAUCAAUUUCGUCUUCGAAUGAUCUGUCUUUGUUCAGUUGAUUUUAUAUUUUAUUCAUUAUUUGGUUUUGCAUUGUAUUCUUUUAUUGGACCAUGGUAUAUUGGAUAUUUAACAAAAGGUAAUUUCGGUGCUGUUUUUCUGUGGGGCACAUUGAUACAAGGAGUUUAUUUACCACCUGAUUUACAAAUAUUUGGAGGAACUUUUCAAUUAUAUUUCUUUCUAUUUCCAUUAACAUAUACUUUAAGUUCAUCAUGUUUUUAUCGUUAUCAUCAACAACUCCAAUUAAAUACAAACAUUGUUAAAUAUCGUUUUAAUCGGUGUUGUCAACUUUAUUCAGUUUAUAUCGUAUUUAUAAAUACAUCAGCUAUUAUUUUAUUUUGGUCAUUUUUAAUGACUGCUUCGUAUAAAUUAUCUUGGAUAAUCUCACCAUUUGGCUUGAUAUUGGUUUUAUUUUCGAUGAUUCUCUACCUAAAAUCUCAUCGAUUAAAAAUCGAAGAUUUUAAAUUAAAGAAAACCAAUGAAAUAAUAAAUUCAACCAAUCAAGAUAAUUCAAAGUUGAUUGAUUAA